UGUGUGGCAGUGCGUAGCGUGCGCUUGUUUUCCCCCCACGUAUUCCGUUCUGACAGACACCUCGCGCAGAUGGCCGACGCCCUGCGACCCGCCGAGGCGGCGUCGUUCCUCCUAAAAUGCGCCCCUCUCAUCAUCCUGGUGCUCUUUGCGGCGCCCCAGACAUCCCCUAACAACUUUCCAGAAGUGCCUAAGGGACCAUACUGGACGCUGCUAAAAGCUGCUGAACUGAUUCUCCUGCUGGUCUCCACUGGACUGUCCAUCACCAGAGGCUCCUACGCCUUUCAGGAUGUUGAACUGGUCGACUACAUCAGCGUCUCGACACUACGAGAGGCAACUUCAAAUUUUGCCAUGGCAAUAUCUCUGGCUGUCUUGACGCUACUGAUUUGGCGGCGAUGGCGACGUUGCCUUCCACCGUCAGGAUUCGCAGGAGCACUGCUGGGCCUGCUGUUCACAGCUUGCGUGCUGGACGUCUUCUGCCAGUGCACCACCGUUGUACAGCUGCAGGACAUAACCCUGUCAGCAAGUCAGCUCGAUAAGACUUCAUUCACCGUGAGCCUCGUCGUGCUGGUUACCGUCAUGGGUAACUUCGUGGUGUCCGAAAUUCAAGACCUGAUCAUCAAGAGACCCAACAAAUACGUGAAUUCGGUUGACGAGGACACAACUUCAUUGCUUGCUCGGCAGUCUUGUUCAGUCCUCUUUCCGGUUUUCAGGGACACCUUGAGGAAGGGCGUGUCAGCGUCGACGCGACUGCCGAUACUUCGAAGAGGAAUGCAUUGCAAGAACCUCGUUCGAACAGUCACGGUGAAACUGGCGACCGAACGAAUUCCUCCAGGGCGGCGUCGGACGACGUUCGUGAUCAGAUUGUGUAAAGUGGUGUGGGUGGACACGCUGCGCAUUCUUCUGGUGACAGGUGGAUACUACUCCUGCAUAUAUGCCAGGAUACCGGCACUAGAGCUGCUGAUAAAUAGCCGCGAUAAGGUAGGCUUGACGGCAGCGGUGCUACUCUUCGCCGCGGCAACCACCUUCGAGCUUCUUAUCUCCUGCUACCAAAUGGACAUCCUGACCACGUACGCCAUCAGGAUUCGCUCCAUGGUUCAAGGGCUUACCUUCAAGAAGGUGACCAACAUGUCAGCUGGCACCAAGGCCAGCUACCCGGCGGGCCACAUCGGCUCGCUGUUGAGUGUCGACUGUGGCGUGCUCGCCAGUUGCGCCUACGCCAUACCCGUGCCCCUGCUCGGUGUGCUGCUCUAUCCUUUCCUCUUUUCGAUGCUUGCCUCUCGAGCCGGUCUCUGGCCGUCGCUGUGCACUGCCGCCUGGGCCGUGCUAGUGCUGGGGUUGCCCUUUUUCGGCUCAUUUAUUCAGAAGAAGUUCUGGAAAAAGGCGAUCAAGGCUCGUGACGAGCGACUCAAGGCCACUACCGACCUGUUGUCCACCAUCCGCGUGGUCAAAAUGUACGCCUGGGAAGACGCUCUGCGAGAGAAUGUGCAACGGACCAGGGAUGUCGAGCUAAAGUGGCUCCUCAGGGUCAACAUGCUGGACGCCAUCUUCGACUGCAUCUACAACUCCACAAGUUCAGUGCUCAUGAUCAUCCUGUUCUCGACGCUCUACCUGCUGGAACCCAACCUAGUGCUCACCCCAGCGUUGUCCUUCUCCAGUGUCUCGCUACUCUACAUGACCGAUCUCAGCAUGAACGGAUGCGGACAGGCGCUGAGGAAUUUAAGUCAGGGCAUGUUAUCUCUCAAGAGAAUUGCUGAUUUUUGCAUGACAGAAGAGCAAGAAGAAAAUGCAGUCGAUUCCCGAAGCCACUUGCCAACGAAGAAAGGUUCUGUGACAAUUCAGGAAUGUUCCUUUUCGUGGGGCAAGCGGGAAGAUGACGAAACGGAUGUUCACCUUAAUGACGUCAACCUGAACAUUGAACCGGGAUCACUCAUAGGCAUAGUCGGUUUCGUCGGCAGCGGCAAGUCAUCGCUCUUAGCCGCCAUACUGGGAGACAUGCACCGUGUCAAAGGCAAGGUCACUUGCAUGGGACGUGUUGCAUUUGCACCACAGUUGCCAAAUGUGCACAACAUGACAAUCAGGGACAAUAUUCUUUACGGAAAGCCUCUGGAUCCUGGAUUCUACGAGCAAGUGGUCAGGAGUUGUCAGUUGCUGAAUGACUUCAAUAAGCUGCAAGCCGGCGACAUGACCGAGGUCGGCGAGAAGGGGUCGAACCUCAGUGGCGGACAGAAGCAGCGAAUUUCUUUAGCCCGUGCUGCCUACAGCCAGAGUGACAUCUACUUGCUGGAUGACCCGCUCAGCGCCCUUGAUCCCGUUGUGGGCAGCAGAGUGUUCAGGGAUGUCAUUGGGAAUCAUGGCAUGCUAGGCGACAAGACACGAAUCAUGGUCUGCAACCAAGGACACUACUUGCACAACAUGGACAAGCUGGUCCUAGUGGACGGAGGGCGCAUCAGGGUCUACGACACACUCGAAGACCUCAUCGCGGACCCGGACUCGCCAAGGAACUUCCGAGAAGCUCUCGAACAACGGCGUUCUCGCGAUCAGAGCAAAACAGGCACUUCUAACGAGGAGAUGACAGAAAAUGACACGGUUGGACGAAUUACUCAGGAAGAACUUGGAGAAUCCACAAAAACAGGCUGGCAGCUUCUACGAAACCUGUUGCGCCUGACUCAGUGGCCGGCGCUCACCGGAGUGCUGGUGUUUGUGGCAGCUGCGUGUGCCUUUGCCUUCGAGCAGAUCUGGAUCAAGGAGUGGACGGACUCGUCAAGCCGCGCAGACACGAGCUCAACAGUCGAUCAACUGCCGUGGGUUCAAGUGCUCGUAUCACUCUGCAUAAUAGAUGUGGCUCUCCGCAUCAUUGGGAGCGUUCUGCUGAGCCUCUCCGCAAAACGACUGUCCGGCUCGAUACACAACGAAAUGCUGGAUCACGUGCUGCGCAGUCCCGUGUCCUUCUUCGACGCCUCUCCGCGCGGGAGGAUAUUGAACCGUUUCUCGGCUGACAUGGACUUCGUGGAUUCGCGGUGUUUCCUGAGUGCCAAGCAAGCCGUACAAAACACGCUCAUCACUCUCGCCAAGGUAGCCGUCAUCGGGACCCAGUCGCCCGUCGUAUUGGGCGUCACAGCCGUGGUCAUUGUACUUGCCGGAUACGGAAUGAAUCUGGCCGUGAAGGCUUCGCACUGCGCCCGUUUCUACGAGAGCGUGGCGACGUCGCGCCUUCUGCAGCACGUCACCGAGACCGUGGACGCGCUGAGCAGUGUGCGAACGUACGGCGUGGCCGAUCGCUUCCGGAGUCACUUCUGCCGCCUGACGGACGACUCCAUGCGAGGCUUCGCGGGCUUCGGUGCAGCCUACCGUUUCACGCGCACCGUCACUUCGGCGGCCGGCUUCGUGGUCGUCGUGUGCACGCUCCUCGCCAGCACGGUGUUCGUCGGACCCGACGGACCGGACCCCAGCAGCGUCGGCCUGGCGCUCAGCUCGGCCACCUCGGUUCCUUUGGCCCUCAUGACACUGUGCGUCAUGCUGUUCAACGUGCUGCAGAUGAUCGUGUCUUUUGAACGUUGCGUCGAGUACACCGAUCUCCCGCCAGAGAGCGACCUGCCGCCCACAUGGAGCGAAGAACAAAAAGCCUCAGUGGAGAAGCCCUCAGUGGAGAAGAUCCUGUUCGCCUGGCCAAGCCAAGGCAAAGUCGAGUUCCAAGGCUACUCGGCAUCUUACCGGCCCGGUGUCCUGCCGAAUGUCCUCACUAGUCUCACCUUCGUUGUCAAUACUAAAGAAAAGAUUGGGGUUGUCGGACGUACCGGGGCUGGCAAGUCCUCGCUAGUGCUCGCGCUACUCCGCAUGCUGAGAGCUUCGGAGGGCCGCAUCCUCAUCGACAACGUGGAUAUAGCCGGAGUACCACUCCGGAAACUGCGUCGCAGCAUCACCGUCAUACCUCAGGAUCCCAGUCUGGUGAGAGGAACGCUGCGGAUGAACCUGGAUCCCACAAACUCACAUUCUGAUAGAGAGAUAUGGCAGUGCCUCGAGAAAGCCCACUUGUCCAAGCUUGUCUCCAGUGAUUCCAGAGGACUGCUGAUGGAGACAACCGACGGUGGUAGCAACUUGAGCGUGGGCCAGCGCCAGCUAGUGUGCCUAGCGCGGGCGCUGCUUCGCGGAACCAAGGUCCUCCUCCUGGACGAGGCCACGUCGCAGAUGGAUGGGGACACCGACCAGCUCAUCCAGGUGGCGCUGAGGGACGCCUUUGCACAGUGCACGCUAUUCACCAUCGCGCAUCGCAUACACACCGUCCUCGACUACGACAGAAUACUCGUCCUGGAGGAUGGCAAGGUUAAGGAGUUCGACUCCGUGUCGUGCCUUCUCUCCGACAAGUCGUCGAUGUUCUACAACAUGGCCAUCGAAGCUGGCAUCAAUAGCGCUCGAAGGAAACCCGAACUUAUAAGCACCACUUUGUAAUUGGUGUUUUUCGCCAUCCUGUACGCAAGGCGAGCACGACGACGAAACACUGCUGUGUAUGUGUGUGCCCCCGAAGGACAAGCCACGGGACAAGACACGAAUGUCUUGUCCUUGUGCGCGCUGUGCGUAUGCAUCAUGCACCAUCUACUUGCCCAUACCGUCACCUCAGAAAGUUUUUAACAUGUAUGUUCUCAUAACUGUACAAAAUCUGCAUCAUGAAGCGGUCAAGCGCGCUACGUCAUAAUAGGUUGCUGUGACAGUUACUUUAUGCGUGUUGAAUAUUAUAAAGUUAUUUAUCUUAAA